AUGAAAGCGAUACCUGUGGAACAACGGGCUAAUAUUUAUGCAUUAGUCCAAGAAGGGUAUCCAACUCGGGUUGUGGCCAACAAAGCGAAAGUGUCUCAGUCAAUGGUAGUUAAAAUUUGCAAGAGGUAUGCGGCCGAAGCUACUUUUCUACCAGAACCAAGAUCAGGAUGUCCACGAUUGCUUACCGAGAACCAAGAGAACCCUGUUCAAUGGCUGUGA